AUGCGUCGUAACUUGCGUGAAAUCGCCUGGCGCGUUGCGCGCGAGACUAAUUUCAGGCGUCGUGUAGGCGUGAAAGUGCCCGUGACGGGCGCGAACGCUGGCGCUCUCGUUGGACCCACAACUGGAUCCAAAACUUCCACCAUUGCGAGAAAUUACUCUGCAACAAAUCCAAUCGCCACUGGUAAGGUAACGCAAGUGAUCGGUGCAGUUGUCGACGUCCAGUUCGAUGAUCACCUCCCGUCGAUCCUUUCUGCCCUGGAAGUUGAAGGGCACGAUGUUCGGUUAGUGCUAGAAGUUGCACAGCACCUCGGGGAAAACACGGUCAGAACGAUCGCCAUGGAUACUACGGAAGGCUUGGUCCGUGGACAGCCCGUACAAAAUAUGGGGAGCCCGAUCCAAAUUCCUGUGGGUAGAGCUACCCUUGGGCGAAUUAUGAACGUGAUCGGAGAACCCAUCGAUGAAUGCGGUCCCAUUUCAACGACAACGUCGCUUGCGAUCCAUCGCGAAGCCCCUCCAUUCGUCGAUCAAAGUACGGAGAUGCAAAUGCUCGUCACUGGUAUCAAAGUUGUCGACUUGCUUGCCCCUUACCAGAAGGGUGGUAAAAUUGGACUGUUCGGAGGUGCAGGUGUUGGUAAGACUGUCUUCAUCAUGGAACUUAUCAACAAUAUUGCCAAAGGACACGGUGGAUUCUCUGUGUUUGCCGGGGUCGGGGAAAGAACUCGGGAAGGAAAUGAUCUUUAUCACGAAAUGAUCGAAGGUGGAGUAAUCAAACUUGGUGAUCAGGCCAGUGACUCGAAGUGUACUCUUGUCUAUGGUCAAAUGAACGAGCCUCCUGGAGCGCGUGCGCGAGUCGGCCUCACCGGCUUGACGGUUGCUGAAUAUUUCCGCGAUUUCGAAGGACAGGAUGUGCUAUUCUUCGUGGAUAAUAUCUUCCGAUUUACUCAAGCAAACUCAGAAGUAUCCGCGUUGCUCGGUCGUAUUCCAUCUGCAGUUGGUUACCAGCCAACCCUUGCAACUGAUCUUGGGGGACUCCAAGAGAGAAUUACAACGACAACAAAAGGCUCUAUCACGUCCGUGCAAGCCAUUUACGUCCCAGCGGAUGAUUUGACCGACCCUGCUCCAGCCACCACUUUCGCGCACCUCGACGCGACCACUGUGUUAUCUCGCUCCAUCGCAGAAAUAGGCAUCUACCCAGCGGUAGAUCCACUUGACUCAACUUCGAGAAUGCUUUCACCGUUGGCACUUGGCGAUGAACACUACAACACGGCUCGUGGAGUCCAAAAGAUCUUGCAGGAUUACAAAAAUCUUCAAGACAUCAUCGCCAUCCUCGGCAUGGAUGAACUCUCCGAGGACGAUAAAUUGACUGUGUCUAGAGCUCGCAAGGUGCAGCGAUUUUUGUCUCAACCGUUUCACGUAGCCGAAGUCUUUACCGGAAGUCCGGGUAAGUACGUAGAUUUGAAGGAUACUAUAUCGGGAUUCAAAGGGCUGAUCAAUGGCAACUACGACGACUUGCCAGAAAUGGCAUUUUACAUGGUUGGCGACAUGAAUGAAGCGGUUGCCAAAGCGAAUGACUUGGCCAAACAGGUUAAAUAA